UUGUCGUUCAUUUUUAUGUCUUUGCUACAUUGAGGACUCAAUAGAAUAAUAGGAAUACAUCAUAUAUCUUUGGUGUAAUUAUUUUGUCUUGAAAGUAAAGUGUUGAUCAAUAUGAUAUCUUGAAAAGUAAGGACUGUAAUCUAACGGCGCGAAGUAAGCUCUUGGAGGAGGCUCGUCUGCGAGAUGGCUUCGACGGGGCUGGGAAGAGUUCUCUGUUGCAUUUCACGAUCUCGGGUCCAGCGAGCCAUUUUAUAUGUCGACAGGGCCACUCCCAACCAACACCACCUCCUCCACAAUGAGACCUUGGCUGCUCGUAGCCAUACACAAAAGAAUUUUAGAAAGCCACUGUCUGGGCCGUUGCAUCAGCCUCUGAGAAAUCAAGCUCAUCGUAGGAUCACUGACUGGAACCAAAAGAGAUCUGGGAUAGGCCAUUCCAGACUCCAUAUUGUGAUCAUCAAUCUCUCCUUAGGGGUCUUCAUGAUUUAUUUCAUGUGGCUUCGUGAGCCUAACGACAUCGAUGAGUACAUGAAUCGUCCUAUCUGGGAACGGCUGCCAGGCAUUGACCCUGAACGAGCAGAGCAGAUGAUGGAGAUGGACAGGAGGCUUGGAUUGCAGGUUGAUACUACGGGCCUUGAAAAAUACAAAAAAGAGUAUUAUGCGCAACAAGCUGAAAAAUUUGAGAAAGAGCAACAGGCGGAGAGGCGCCACAGGGAAUUGCGCGCGGCUUCACGGAACCAUUUUAAUAUGCUGCAGAAACGUGCCCAAAAGGAAGAUGAGGAGUAGACUCUGUCUCUCGUGCAGUCUAGUUUUUCAUUUAGAAUUUAAGAAAUUAAUGAUAACACUAGGUAUACAGCAGUGGACAUUUUGAAAUCAAUGUCAAGAGAUGAUAAACAUAUGCACACAAACACAAAUACUUGCAAAACAAUUCAGGUAGAAUUCCCACUUUCUCUCUAUUUUCUGUUCUUUUUUCUUUAUUUAGCAAUAUUUAUUUAUGUUGUUUUUUUUCACAUAUCUGUUGCUUCUCUUAUGUGGAGGAAAAUGACAACUUUGCAGUGAGUGCACUUAAAAACGAGAGAAAGACAGGGACAUAUUGAGACAGAGAUGCAUAUGAGAAGCAGAGAGGGUAAGAAAAUUGAUGUUUUACAUACAUUUCUCUACUUGAGUGUUCUUGUACAUGUACUAAAACUUUACUUUUGUUAACAAAUGUAUAUAUGCUCAGGAUAAUUGUAAAUUAUAAUAAAGACUCCCAAAGAAA